AUGGAUCCCCGGCCCAGGCGCAACAGCGGUUCCUAUCCGCCCGCAGGCUACGAUCCUCACCAGGCCUCUUCCUACCGCCGUCAUGCGAAGCAGCCCCAGCCCCAGCCCCAGCCCCAGCCCGGAUACGCUCUUGCCACAAACCCGCCCGAGCCGUAUCCGGAAGAGAUUGAAUAUGCAAGAGACUACCCUCCCCAGCCGCAGAACGGGUCCAACUCGCAGCGUCGCAGGAGGAGCCAUUCCAACCAGCCAGUAAGAAACGGCCAGCCGUUGCCCGCUCAAGAUGCGCCCCGUGGCCCUCCUGUGGCCUACAAGGAGCAGUACACCGGAAGUUACGCUGCUCCCGCACGGUCACGAAGUCAUAAGCGCUACGAGCCCGCCCCUGCUGCCGUGCGGAGGAAUCAACCAGCACCGCCGGGCGUGCAACAGCAAUCCUCCAGCUCGAGGGUAUACGACCCGUCUCCCACGACCCCGGCCGCGACUACUCCAAUAUCACCCACGACCGACUUCUCUGAACGGAGCUCGUCUGGCACUGCCGGUGUACAACGGGGCAGAUCCGGCUCUGUAUCACACCGUUCUCCCCUGCAGAAGCUAGAGGGAGCUCUGGACGAUAUAAGUAAGGAAGAGCGCCGAGCCAGGAUGCUGGAAGCCGAGGCCGCGGCUCAGGAGAGGAAGGCUGGCAAGCGUGGUUCCGUACAAAAGGCGUCUGCAGCAGUCGCUCAACCUCGCCAUGCGUCUGGGCCAGCGCAGGCUGCUCCGGCCCCUCAGAGGACGGCUAGUGGGAAACGCAACUUCUCCUUGCCAACCAGCGGUCUUGUGGAACCCCGUCAGGCCGAGAAACCCAAGGUCGAGUUCAGUGAACCAUGGCAGGAGGUGCCGCGGCAGGACCAGGGCUCACAGCGCAGGGCUCGUGUCCCGCAAUAUGAGGGGCCAAUCGACACUCAAAUGAAGCGAAGUUCUCAGGUAGAUCCGGAUGUUGCUCGCUCCACCAGCUAUCGUGACCGCUCUGCAAGGGUAGAGUCGACGCAUUCGCGGCAGAACUCUUACUCCCGGGGCAAUGGUGCUCCCCUGUCUGCAGGCGCUAUAGGAGCAGCCGCGGGAGCAGGCAUUGGCGUCGGUGCCGCUGGCGAUCGUGGAUACCAAGGCCAAGAGCAACCGGCUGUUGGCCGGAGCAACAGCAGGAAACUCCAGAAGCGCGCUCAGCCGGACGUGUAUCAGCAGCAGGGCAACCGAGAUGCAGCCGCCAUGCCAGACUCACACAGACAACUUCAAAGUGAUCGGACUGGACAUGCACAAGGAAGUCGGGCUGCUGCGCGCUCUCAGCCUCAGGAUCCCUUGCCAGCAGAGGCGGUCCGCAAUCCCGGUCCAGGACCAAAGUACCAGGUACCCCCACAGACUGUGAAUGCGCAACGUGCACAUGACCAGCUUGCAUUCGAGAGAGAGGAUUCUCACCUUCCGUCUGCGCCUGAGCAGAGUCACAACCAUCAUUUUUCGGACAUGUUUCAUCGCCAUCAUCAUGAGGAACGCCGCUAUGCGUCAUCCCAGCCGCUGGAGGAGUGGAAGACCGCCGAAGCUGCAACCUUGGCAGCCGAGGAUCUGAACAUCGACGGCGCAGAGAAAGACGGCGACUCCAAAAUGCCGUGGUGGGAAAAGCGCAACGCUCAGCACCGCAGAAGUAGCGGACCCGGUAUGGCACAAGCCGAUGGUGUGUAUGAGGAACCUCCCGGUCAAACUCACUUCACUCCUCCAUUGUACAUCAAGUGCGGUCCCUUACUCCGGUAUUGUGGAAUGACACGUGAAACUCGCAUGGGUCGCAGCGAUAAGUGGACAUGGCGGGGCAGUGUCAUGAUUGUGACCAUCGACCAGCAUUCGUCAUAUGAAAGACGCCCGGCGUUGAGACUGUUUCUCCAGCCCAAGGACCUUCUGCCACCUCCACCGGCGCAGCUUGAUGAAUCGACCGGCCAGAAGCUCGCGUCGGAAUAUGUGGAUCCCCUCGCGGGUGAGAUCAAGAUGUCUCGUACAGGGAAGACUUUAUACGUCAAACCUGUGGAGGAUCUGCAGGAAGAAGCCGAUCUUUCCAGACGAGAGGAUGACAGUGGGCUGUAUGAGGAAUCCAAGAGUGCGAGUAACCACACAUCGCGCAUCAGGAAAAAGGACGGAGAGAAGUGUGGCAAGUACCGAGAGGUCAAAGGUGUCCGGCUGUACGCUGAACGGGGCGUAACGUUUUGGCGCUUCAAUCUGGAGGUGGAACUCGGUAAUACGCAAGCCCGCGUGGCCUACCGAAUCAACAAGGGACCAGCCAUUGGGUUCUGGGUUCCGGCGAGAGGGGAGACCAUGAACAUCAUGUUCCACAGCUGCAACGGAUUCAGCUUGAGCGUGAAUCCGCACGAGUUCUGCGGCCCCGACCCUCUCUGGCGAGACGUCCUGAACAAUCACCAAACCCGCCCUUUCCACGUCAUGAUCGGCGGUGGAGAUCAAAUCUACAACGAUGCUGCUACGAGGCAGACCAACUACUUCCGGGAUUGGCUGGGCACAAAGAACGCAGUGCACAAGCAUUCGGCCGAGUUCAGCGAUGAGAUGCAGAACGAGCUCGAGGAGUUCUACCUCAACCGAUAUGCGAUGUGGUUCUCUCAAGGCUUCUUUGGAAUGGCAAACUCUCAGAUUCCAAUGAUCAACAUGUGGGAUGACCACGACAUCAUUGAUGGCUUUGGCUCGUAUCCUCACCACUUCAUGAGGAAUGCCGUGUUCUGCGGCUUGGGCGCCGUGGCGUUCAAAUACUACAUGCUCUUCCAGCACCAGAGCUUGCCUGAUGAGACCGAGAUCGACGAACCUUCGUGGCUCCUGGGGGCAGCACCUGGCCCCUACAUCGACCAACUCAGUCGUAGUGUGUUCAUGUUCCUCGGAAAGAAUGUAGCUUUUGUCGGACUGGACUGCCGAACAGAGCGGAUGAGGGACGAGAUCCUCAGCGCGGAAACGUACUACCGUGUCUUUGACAGAUGCCGCAAGGAGAUCAUCGAGGGCGAUACGAAGCAUUUGAUAGUACUACUCGGAGUGCCGAUUGCUUACCCUAGAUUGAACUUCUUGGAGAAUGUUCUCACCUCGCGUAUUAUGGAUCCCGUCAAAGCCCUCGGUAGGACCGGCAUGCUUGGGGGUUUCGUCAACAAGUUCGACGGCGGCGUUGAAAUCCUGGAUGACCUGGACGACCAUUGGACAGCCAAGCACCACAAGGCAGAGCGCAACUGGUUCAUUCAAGAGCUUCAGGAGCUUGCAGCCGAUAAGUCUGUCCGGAUCACCAUUCUUGGUGGAGAUGUCCAUCUUGCCGCGGUCGGACAGUUCUACAGCAACAAGAAACUGGGCAUUCCAAAGGACCGGGAUCACCGCUAUAUGCCGAACGUCAUUUCCUCGGCCAUUGUCAAUACGCCUCCGCCGGAGCUCAUGGGCGACAUUCUCAACAAGCGCAACAAGGUCCAUCAUCUCGAUGCAGAUACGGAUGAGGACAUGAUUCCCAUGUUCCCUCAUGAUGUGGAUGGCAAGCCACGUAACAACCAUCAUCUACUUCCUCGUCGGAACUGGUGCUCCAUUCGUGAAUAUCAACCUGGCUCCACGCCUCCGCCCACGCCUCCAACAAGGACACCAUCCCCGGUCAUGCAGCCUCCUAAGCUGACCCGUUCACUGUCACUUACUCGAAGUGACUUCAGGCCCGGUAAUCUCGUCAGACGACUCUCAAAGCGUGAAAAGGGCCCGCCCGUAGCCUUCUUCAACCGCGAUUCCCACGGCGGACGCCGUGGGUCUAGCGCUGAAGAUUUCGGACAUCGGCGUCAGAGCUCAGACUCUCAAACUCCAAGUGGAUACCACACUCCGCAACGUGCCGCAACCAUGGGCAUGGCGAACCGGUCUACCGAGUCGUAUGAUCAGCGCCAGGCAUCCAUGACCGACGCUCCUCGGCCGAAUCUCUUCCACCGCCGCCCCACGGGCCUAAGCAUCAAGGCCGCUCGUAAGGGCGGGGCUUUUGCCGAGGACGAUCCGGACAAUCCAGACCUGAACGCCAUCAACCUCGAAAAUGGCCUCGACGUCGUCUUGAAUCUCGAGGUCAGCCAAAAAGAUCCCGCAGGCAUCACCACGCCUUAUCGUCUCCUCGUGCCUGCCCUCUAUUACGAAGGGCCACCCGACGAGAACGUCCUGAGUGAGAGAAGGCCAAGCAGUGGCGGCCUCAAGAGCUUCUUCAGCAUCCGUAGGAAGAAGAAGAAGGACUUUGAAGAAGACGAGUACUACGAUAGCCGCAGCCCAUCGCCGACGGCGAGCGAGGAGGCGGCCAUCGAAGAACUCAGCCAAGUUGGAGGCUACGGUGGUCGUCGCGGCAGCGGCGGCGGUCCUCCUCCUCCUCCUCCUCAAGAUCGUCGCUCCGGCCGCGGUGGGAAUGGCCACGACUACGGUGGCGACGGCGCCCAAUACCAGCCGCGGGGCGGUAGCGGUCAGUACGUGCCACCGCCCGUGGCGACGCAGUCGCAAGGGAAUUACCCGGUGCAGCCACGCACCAUCGCGCCCGUAAUGUACGACAGCCCUCCUCGCACCAACUCCAUGCGCCAUCAACAGCAGCACGCGCAGCAGCAGCAGCAGCAGCAGCAGCCGCCGUCACCAAUAGUCCAAUACGGCAACGAGCCCGUCCCGAGCAGCAGGCGGCCGCUACCCCAGCCACGUGGCGGUCCGCCGCCGCCUCUUCCUCCGGUCGACACGGCGGCCGGCAUGGGAGAUCGCCGGUACGCGCCUCGCGACUUGCCGCAGACGCCGCCCACUGCCAUCCCGAGGGAGAUGAGCGGCGCUCGCGACGGCGGUGGCGUGAGGCGUGAGAGCGGGAGGAGGGAUAGCAGGUACUAUGACGAUGAUGACGAGGAGUUGAGCGAUGAGGAUUCCUUGGGGAGCUUCAGGAGCUACGGCGAGAAGAGGCCGGGUGGGAAGGACGUGGGUGGGAAGAAGAAGAAGAAAUGGAUGGUUUGGCGGUAA